CGGGAAGGGAGCCUCCGCCAGAAAGUCUGCCGGGGAGACUGCUAAGCGCGGUCGCACAGGGUGGCCUCCGAUGGGUGGACAGGUGAGUGCUUCCGGCAGCUUCCAGAGUGGCGACACAAAUGCAGACUGGAUGUCAGCACUGCACCCCCUCCUCUGGGACGUGCCUCUGCACCACCUCUCCAUCCCAGGGAGUCACGACACCAUGACGUACUGUUUGAGCAAGAAGUCACCCAUUUCCCAGAACGAGUCCAGGCUGCUGCAGCUUCUGGGCAAAGUCCUGCCCUGCGUCACGCGACCCAUGGUGCUUAAGUGGUCCACCACCCAGAUGCUGGAUGUCACGGAGCAGCUGGACGCAGGGGUGCGUUACUUGGACCUACGGGUGGCGCACAUGCCAGAGGGCUCGGAGAAGAACCUGCACUUUGUGCACAUGGUGUACACAACAGCGCUUGUGGAGGAGGUGCCGACACUGAACCAGCUGUGGACACGCGGGCAGCAGGUCAUUCUGUCCUAUGAGGAGGCAACCGUCGUGUGCCGGCACCACGAGCUGUGGCCUGGGGUCCCCUACUGGUGGGGGGACCAGGUGAAAGCACAGGAGCUCAUCCACUACCUGGAGCACAAGCAGAGCUGCGGCCGCCCAGGCGGGCUGUUUGUGGCGGGCAUCAACCUGACGGAGAACCUGGCGUACAUCCUGGCACACCCGUCCGGGUCCUUGGAGAAGCUGACGCUCCCCAACCUGCCGUGCCUGCGGGCUUGGGUGCGCGAGCAGUGCCCUGGGCCGGGCAGGCGGUGCACCAACAUCAUCGCCGGGGACUUCAUCGGAGCCGACGCAUUUGUCAGCGACGUCAUCGGGCUCAACGACAAGCUGCUGCAGUGCUGACGCGGGGCGCGGCGGGGACUCGGGGCAGGCUCCUGGCCUCCCCACCUCCUGCCAUCCACGGGGCGCUCCCCCCACCCUCCGCCGCGGGUGAUGCCCAGCUUCGCGGCUCCUGGGGCGGGAGUGGAAAGAACAGAGUGAUGAUCAGCGGGGGCACCCGCUCGAAUCCCGAGAGUGAGAAGGACCCGGAACCUGGGAUCCGCUCCUCCGGGUUUAGCCAUGGCGUGGCUGCCGUGGGGCAUCCCCUCGCCUGGCGCCUGUGACCACAGCAGGAUGACCUCCUGACAGUCUCCCAGAGCUGCGUAAAGCCCGAAGAUACCGUGUCUGUAGGACAGGACUGGCCACGUUGGGUCCACGGAGGGAACCACUGACAUGGGGAAAAGCUACUGUUCUUUCUGAAAAAGCCCCACGUUUGCUCCUCCCCAGGCUGGCGGGUUCCCGUGGCUGCCUCUGCUUUGCCUCUUCCGAUGGAGAAGGAGGAACAGGAGGCCUUACCAGGCGGCUGGUGUUUCGCACUCGGUCCCUUGCUUCCCAGACACCUCCGUGGCGGUCUCUUCCAGCCGAUGUGGGCAUGCACGUGUGAUGGGCAGCUGGGUGCCCACCCUGGGCGCUGCCGUGGCAUCCUCGUCCCCACCAGUGUCCCCGGACUCUGCUCCCCUCCGACCACCUCGCCUGAGGCUCCCACACCCCCUUCCUCCUGCCGUUGGGGCGUCCCCCGAAACUCGGCCAGUGGUCCUGGGGCUUCAGCUGCUCCACCACGCUUGUCACUCUUCUCUCCCAGAUCACACUGGGCAUUUGUCAGCUUUCCAACGUCCUCGUUCUGUGGUUUCUUAGGGUCUGCGGGUCUCUGUUUGCCAGGCAUUUGUCACAGCGCCGAGGACGUGCGCGCCACUUCCCUCUUCUCUCUGUUCCGGGCGCUCUGGCAUUCGGGGGCCUUGCAGACCCCCGUGUCAGGGCUAGUGGAUUCCGGAUUAGAGAUGGAGACAAGGGGCUGGGUAGCUCGUGCUUAUACGGAAGUGAGGCAACCCCAUCAUCCAGCGUGUGCUCACCGGACCCGGAUGCAUACGCUUCGGGCUCGAUUCACACACACCUGCCGAUGUUGCGGGGUCCAUCCCAGUGAAAUUGCAGUAAAGCGCGUCAAGUGAAGUUUCGGUUUCCCAGGGCAAACAACAGUGGCUCGUGUUUAGGCCAUAGUCUCGUUAACAGGCACCAAUCGCCUUAUGUCCAAAAAACCCCCACACCAGUGCACGUGCGCCUUAACGAAAUCGUACCGUUUCGAGACAAAAUGCUAACCGUCCUCUGAGGUGUCAGCGAGUCCUAAGCAGUGACAGAGAUCAGCGUAACAGACACAGGAACAACGAAAACGUGGGCAAUCCUGCGAGAAUCACCAAAGCAGGGUGCAGACAUGAAGUGCGGGGCGGAUGUUGGAAGCGUGGGGCGGCCACCGGGCCGCGCACCUGCCGUCUGCGCACCAGGCGGCUCCCGGGAAGCACAGCAAGGUGAGGGGCGCCGGCUUCCCGCUGCACCGUCUGCCUCUCCCACAGAAACCGCGUGGCCUGAUGCGAAUUUCUGCCCCACACGGGUUCUCCCUGUGCCCCUGGGCAGCACACCACCUUGGGCGACGUGCCGACACCUCCCCGGGUUAAAGCCCCGGGUGUACAAAGGAGACCCCCCCGCUCCCUAUGAGAGGCCAGACAUCACUGUCCCCCCACCCCAGACCCAGACCUAGGGACCUGGCUACGCGAACACAAACAUCACCCCAGUCCCACAUCUCACACACGGACUUGAUGUUCUCAGCCAAGCGGUGAGCCCAGAUGGUGCGUUUGGUUCUCGCCCUUAUGAAGGGGGUCCCUGGGCUUCCUGGGUAUCUCGGGCGCAGGAGCAUUCCGCCACCGAUGAAGACUUUCGGUUUCCUUAGGGUUGCCUUCAGGAUGACGCUUUACUCCAUGUUGGAAUGAGUUCUCUUCAAGGUCCAAGUAGUCAUUUUCCAAAAGAAGAUCGGCUAAUGUGGUCAGUGUGGGUACGAGUCACAUCAGGAAGCUGCCGGCACUCAGCACGCUCGUGGUAGCGGCAGGAGGCGACGGACAGCACGGAGGCCACGGGACGAUGACGCGUGCUCUGAGCAGCCCGUGUCUGGAACGGGACUCACGAACGUGGACGAUGCGUGCUCGCAGCAGCCCAUGACCACACUUCUGUCCACGUCUGAUCCACAAGCACCUUCUGUUCAUGUCUGGAACGGUCCUCAUGAUUGUUCAAUCCCGGGAACAAUUGACAACGUCCACCUUGUGGAUUUCUGUGUCUGUCAUUCCAGCGAUGGAGACAUCUGGGCACCACGUGGAGGGGGGGUCUUUACAGCCCACUGCUGAAGGAGCUCGUUCCUCGUGUCAUGGGGACCUUGGUCCACCUGCCAGUGGGGCCGCACUUCAUCAUUGCUUUUUAUAUUAAGAGCCCUGGGGCACCUGGGGGGCUCAGUCUGUUGAGAGUCCUACUUGGCUCAGGUCAAGAUCUCACAGUUUGUGAGU